CGGGCGGUGAACUUUGCGGGCUUUAAAUUCUAAAAACUUUUUUUGUUUGCGCUUGGAAACAUGUAAACAAUGCGGACCAUCUAGUGCGCGUGUCAAACGCAUGAUGGCAAAGAUCCAAUAACCCGAGAAAAGCGUGUAGCAAUGCUGUGAAUGGAGAAAGAGAAUGUCGACCAAACCGAGGACCUCACAGCGAAUAACACAAACACAGGGUCUGUCGAAAACGAAAACCGAAUUCGACUUACCGCAGAAAAUCUCGACUAAUACAAAGACACAAGCUCAGGGACGAAUUCGACCCAAAACGGUUCCCGCCAAAACGUUACUGAAGGAAAACGCGCGAAUUAGCAAGGAAUCGUCUGCUGAGAAGAAAACUGAAAUUAAAACAUUAAAUGGACAGAGAGCAACCUUAAAGACUGGUGACCAAAAAAUCACAAGACGUCAGGAUAAAACAAAAUCAUUGUCGGUUAAACCAGUGAACGGCGCCGAGAAAAACGACGUAAAAUCAAGAGUUGCAGAUGCUCAGAUUGAAUGUAAAUCGAUAGUAAAUGGCACUGAGAAUGAGGAAAAAUCAAGAGUCGGUACGAGUAGAGUUGAUGAGAAAAAGAUAUUGGGCGCUGAAGAGAUUAAAAAGAAUCAAAAAGAAGAUGCCUCCGAGACUAAACAGAAAUUGAAAGCAAGUGACGAUAAAACUGACGAAGGAGGCCUUAUACCGAAAGAUGAUGCAAACGAGAUCGAAGAAAAUUCAAGAGUAGAUGCCUCUGAGAUUGCAGAAAAAUCGGAAAUUCAUAAUGAGACUUCUAAUGAACCAAACUCUUGUCCCAUGGAAUUAAAUUCCGAGUUCACCAAUGGCAAAUCGACUGCUACAGAAGACGACGUUGAUCAGCAUCCAGUUUUAAACUGUCGUGGAAAUCCUAGUUGUAACGACCAAUCUAAAGUAACCGACCUAGAAGUCACAGGAGGGGGUCACUUGGAAGAGCUUGAAAAGGGGUCCCCUGUAAUUGACCUUAAUUCAAGCAACAGGGAUUCAGGCAAAUCGAACGCCAACCAGAGCGAGGCCCAGACAGAGGAACAAAUUGACGUCAUUGAUUUCGACGGAGUCGGUCGGUAUUUUUCUUCAUCGGUGGAUUCUGACGUCACGACUCCUUGGUUAGGUGGAUUAGCUAUAGUGAAGAGUGGUGACAUCAUUUGUUUAGACUUAAAUAACGAGCGGAUUAAACGAUUUGACAAAAACUUCAAAAUGGUGUCAAGUAUCGAUAUUCCUUUUGCCUCUUGUGGUAUGACGCUUACGUCACAUGAUGAGAUAGCGGUCACGUGUCUGAAUGAGAUUCACUUUUAUAACGUAGGUAAAUUUGGAAUGAAUAGAACUGCUAAAUGCAUUAGUGUUAAUGGAAUGGCUCAUGGAAUUGCGCACAACCAAAACUGGUUCGCCGUUACGUGUGACAUCACAGAACCAGAUGAGAGCACAAUUCGGGUGAUUGACGCAACCGGAAGUGAGCGUUACGUCAUCGAUCCACCCGUAGUGUCAGGACUCUCCUUAAAAUUAGUUUCUUUUAUAGAGUUUGACUUGAAUCUCGGUUGCAUCUUUCUCUCAGAUUCAGCACCGAGCCGGGUCGUCUGCAUCAAUUUUGAAGGUGAAGCAUUGUGGGAUAUUUCCAUACCGGGCGGGUCACGUGGAUUGGUUUCCAUUGACGACGAAAAUUUGCUAGUCUGUGACCAGUUCAGUGAAAAGGUCCGUCUUCUUUCAAAAGACGGCGUCCUCAAAUCCUCCGUUAUUUCCUCAGAGGACGGCCUCUGUAACCCGGACCUCAUUGCUCGUAAACCGGAUACAAAUGACGUCAUCGUAUCGUAUGGCGGAUUCGGAACUAUUGGUCUCUUCACCGUGCAGUAAUACUUCAAUUAAAGUGUGUCCGAAGUCAGGACCGCUUCCUACCCCAAUUAGCAGAUAACAUUGACGCUUUUGUAGUAAUUGUUGAAGGCAUUUGUUUGCAAGGCAGCCCUGCAAAGUUAUAUUUCUGCCUACUUUUUACCACGCUUGCUUGAUCCAAAUCGUAUAAUUUACCUUGGCAUGGUUAUGAAACGAUACUUUUUCUGUAUGAUUAAUGUUUAACCAAGCCAUUUCAUGAGAUAAAAUUUACAGGCGUCCAAAGGAAAAUAUCCACAUAAGCAAGGAUCCUUCUAUUAACUUUUAUCAACCUGGUUACUCGGAGAAAAAGGACAAGCAGCAUUUAACCAAUCAACUAAUGUACUAAUAUAGGCGGGUAUCCAUUUCUUGGACUAUAAAUACUUGAUGAAAUCCUUUGUACUAACCCAAUGUGUUCAAAUGUCUACAGCAAUAAAAACUUUUACUUAGUAUCAAA